AUGUGCUGGGGUGCGGCUCCAGGGAGCGGGGCGUCUGGCCGGGAAGGGCUGGGGGGUAGACGGAGGUGCCGUGGCCACACUCCGCUCCGCUACCGGCGUCUGAAUCCCUGCCGGCGCAAUCUCGGCUCAUUUUCUCUGAGCAAUACAAGUUCACGGACGAGCUACCUAGCCAGCCCUCCUCUCCCGUCAUGGACCUCCCAGGUAUUAGUUAAUAUUGGCAACCAUUUUGAUCUUGCUUCCAGUAUAUUUGUAGCACCAAGAAAAGGGAUAUAUAGUUUCAGUUUCCACGUGGUCAAGGUCUAUAACAGACAAACCAUCCAGGUAAGUUUAAUGCAAAACGGCUACCCAGUGAUUUCAGCUUUUGCAGGGGAUCAGGACGUCACCAGAGAAGCAGCCAGCAAUGGGGUCUUGCUCCUCAUGGAAAGAGAAGACAAAGUGCAUCUCAAACUGGAAAGGGGAAACCUCAUGGGAGGGUGGAAAUAUUCAACCUUUUCUGGCUUUUUAGUCUUUCCACUAUAAAAGGCCAAAUAGGAGACAGAUCCAUGAGCUGGAGCAAGGAUUCAAUCGUUAAUGACACCCUGAACUUGGCAGCACAUGACGAUAUUUUCAGUCACCCUGUCAGACUGUCACAGUAGAAGAACGAUAACCUUCCAAACUCCAACAUUUGCUUUGAAUAUUGACAAUUCCUUGGGAACCUGCGCCUCUAAUUAGUUUUAGACGACAGUGAUCUUUAGGAGAAAUGAAAUUAUCGACCUGAGCAAUUUGUACCUGUGAUUGUAAAGUCAAUUUUGGAUUUUAUUGUUGGGAUCAUUGACUUUUUUAUUCUUUUUCAUUUUUUCCUUCUCUUUCAUUUUUUCCUCUUUUUCUUGUUGUCCCAAUGAGACAAAUAACUUGGACCACAGAAUCACUUUGUCAAAGGCUUGCUCCAGAGCCAGAAGAAUGGAGUGUUCAGCCCAAUGAAAUGUUCUUUCCAUUAUUUAUUUCUUUGUGUUGUAUAGCCUUAAGAAAAAAAAAAAGAAAAAAG